AUGGCUCCACGACCAGAGAUUGGAAGUGAAUCUUCUGCCCCUCCGCUGGAUCUCGAUUCCAGCACACAGUCUAAAGAUGCAGUGGUGCUGCCGGCAUACUCCACUGUGGCUCUGGUGGACUCUGAGGCUGAAUUGAAUGACCCGUGGACCCUUCCUGAACUUCAGAACGUAGGGCCCAAAUGGUCAGAAUUGGACACUAAAGGAAAAGUUCUUCGGGUUUUGACCUCGAUAGCGAGGGGAAUUCUUCUGCUCGGAUUCCUGUACAUAUUUGUUUGCUCGCUGGACGUCCUGAGCUCUGCAUUUCAGCUCGUCGGAGGAAAAGCAGCAGGAGAUAUCUUUCAGGACAACGUAGUGCUGGCAAACCCCGUGGCCGGGCUUGUUAUUGGCGUACUGGUUACUGUAAUGGUUCAGAGCUCUAGCACGUCUUCGUCCAUCGUGGUCAGCAUGGUAUCUUCUGGACUACUGGAGGUGAAAUCAGCUGUACCCAUCAUCAUGGGCGCCAACAUCGGCACAUCCGUUACCAACACCAUUGUGGCUGUGAUGCAGGCCGGAGACCGCAACGAAUUCCGCAGAGCGUUUGCUGGUGCCACGGUGCACGACUUUUUUAACUGGCUGUCCGUGUUGGUGUUGCUGCCUCUGGAAGUGGCCACUGGGGUUCUCUACAAAAUCACCAAACUCCUCAUUGACUCAUUUCACAUCCAGACAGGCCAGGAUGCCCCAGAUCUGCUCAAAGUCAUUACUGAACCACUCACCAAGAACGUUAUAGAGCUGGACAGCUCAGUCAUCAGUGACAUAGCGAUCGGCGACCCGAGCGCUCGAAACAAGAGCUUGAUCAAGAUAUGGUGCAAGAAGGAGAAAGUCACGAGUCUGGUAAACGUCACAGUCCCCGGAGAAGCCAACUGCACCGUCGGAGCCCUCUGCUGGGUGGAGGGUAACCAGACAUGGACACAGAAGAACAUAACAGAGACCAUCAACAUACAGAAAUGUAGUCACAUGUUUGUAUCAGCGAACCUCCCUGACCUGGCCGUGGGUUUGAUCCUGCUUGCUUUGUCCCUGCUGGUCCUCUGUACUUGCCUCAUUCUCAUCGUCAAGCUGCUCAACUCGAUGCUAAAGGGACAGGUAGCAGUCGCCAUCAAGAAGGUUCUUAAUACAGAUUUCCCCUUCCCAUUCGCCUGGGUCACUGGAUACCUCGCCAUCAUGGUGGGGGCAGGAAUGACUUUCAUCGUGCAGAGCAGCUCAGUCUUCACCUCCGCCAUUACACCUCUCGUUGGUAUUGGUGUUAUUAGCAUAGAGCGAGCCUAUCCUCUUACUCUUGGGUCCAACAUUGGAACAACGACAACCGCCAUUCUUGCUGCCAUGGCCAGUCCUGGAGAAAAACUGGCCAACUCACUACAGAUCUCCCUGUGUCAUUUCUUCUUCAACAUUUUUGGAAUCCUGCUGUGGUACCCCAUCCCAUUCACACGCUUGCCCAUCCGUAUGGCCAAAGCUCUGGGCGACCGCACGGCCAAGUACCGCUGGUUUGCCAUCGUCUACCUUAUCUUGUGCUUUUUCAUGCUGCCUCUGCUGAUUCUGGGACUCUCCAUCGCUGGCUGGCAGGUCCUGGUGGGGGUCGGUGUACCCGUGGUGGCACUGUUGAUUGCAGUGGUGGUAGUAAACAUCAUGCAGUCGCACUGCCCGCGCUUUUUGCCUUCUGUCCUGAGAACCUGGAAUUUCCUGCCUCUGCCACUGCACUCGCUCAAACCGUGGGACCGAGUGGUCAGCAGGGCGAUGGGUUUCUGCGGGACUCGCUGCUGCUGCUGCUGCAAGUGCUGCAAGAAGGAAGAAGUGAAGGAAGAGACAGGAAAUAAGAAAGGACUGGAGAUGUAUGAUAACCCAGCGCUGUCUGUAGAGGAUGAGAAGCGUCAGAUUCAAGCAGUGACUGGAACACAUUUGUAGCUUCUAAUGACAAAUAUGAGUGAGAUUUAUAUUUAUAUAUAGCUAAGACAUUUGAAGUAGACUCACUAUCUGUAGCAGUAGUUUCAUAUGAGGUUUGAGGAAACAUGUCCCAUCCCUGCAGGCCAAGACAUUAGCUGUAGAUCCAGAGAACCACUGUAGCUGUAGAAAAUCCUAAUAAUCAAGGAUUGCCAAUCUUGACAUCAAGAUUCACAAUCCUGAACGCACUACGCUUUGCACUUUUUACACCCUGAUUUAUGAAGAUCCAGAGUAUUAGUUUGCAUGAUUACACAUGCAAUUAGUCGCUAAUAAUGCAGCACAAAUAAAAAAUAGAUAAAACAACUUUUAUACAGUAGUUCUUAGCAGCCAGGUACAAUCUGAAUGUCAGUCAGACCUCUUGCAAUGAAGAGUUUUGCUUAUCAAAGAGUAUAGGUAUUGCAGACAAUAUGAGGCAAAGAAAUGCAGUAGGGCCAACAAUUGUGGUAAAGCUAUUUUUAAUUAAAAUAAGAGAUUAUCUACCUAGUGCCCUUUCUCAGCAGCAUUGGCUGUGCCCCCAAACUGCACACUUCUGUACAUAAUAGUAUAGCAUAUCAGGCCCUGUCCAUAGGUAACAUAUAUAUUAAAAAUCUCUUCAUUUCUUUGCAUUUUGGACUCUUGACCACACAAAAAGCAUUUAACUCACUGAAACUGGAGCUUUAACUCGCGGAGAGCAAUUUCCUUAAGCAAGUACAGAACAGAGAAUGUGUCUGGAUGACAUCAGGUGACCUGGUUAUGUUUUUGUGGACGCUAUUAUUGCAUUUAAUUUUAUGUUUACAUCUGAACAUGUCUUAAGUGUAACUGUACAUCGUCGGCCGGAGAGGCUACAGCGUGCUUUACUCAGUACUACUCCUCUGUCCACCCAGGGAAUCUAAUAUUGCACAGUUUGCAUGCUGGUUUUUAUAAUGUUUUUAUUUAUUCCUUUUACAAUAAAAGCUUUGGAUUAUCACUGAGAAGUUUGUGGGUUUAAACCCCGGCUUUGUCAUGCAACAACUGUUGGGCCCUUGAGCAAAGCCCUUUACCCUAUCAGCUCCAGGGUGAAAUACAAUGACUGGGAAAAGAAUGUCAUUGUACUGUAGAUGUGUAGUUUUAUAUAUUACAAAUAAAGCCAUUCCGUCCUCUCUAGAUUGGUACUAAGAUGACCAGUUGUUGACAAUUUGAGAUGUUAAAUGUAAAAAUUCUACUAACUACAUAUAUACAGCAAACCCAAAACUGGACAAGACUUCAACAAUACUUGCUCAGUCCCUUGUGGAUCCAGUUUGUAAAUCAUUCUGAACAUUUUUGUGGCUAUUAUUGAGAUUCUCUGAACUUUAAAAGCGGCAAAAUGAAUUCCAAUAGGAUUUCUAACCUUAAUUUUGCACUCACACUACAUAUGCAAGCAUUUUUAUUCACAUGCCAGACUGCUCUUUUAACCCUGUUGUUUCAAUACCUGCUCCACAUGUUAGUGCUGUUUAUCAGAUACGUACAAUGCAAACUGAAAAUGAACAAGGUUUUUAUAUAUAUAUUUCUUCAUACAUUAGACAUAUUAUGUGUACAACUAUUUCAAUUUGUAAUAUUUGUAAAGAUUGUAGAUUUCUAACCGCAUGCUUUUCAGUUAAUACGUUAAAUUUUGUGUGUGUGUUUUUUGUCCAAUGUGUGUAUAAAUUAUAUUUCCAAAGACUUAACUCUCUGUAU